AUAAAAAAGCCCAAGUGAAGAAAACCUCCUUCGCAAGUACCUGAGUCCUCUUCUCUCUCUCUCUCUCUCUCUGAAAAAAAGUUUUCUAUCCUGCUUCCAAAUCUUGCUUCUGAACUUCUCCAAAUCUCCAACAAUGGUGCUCGAGGCGACGAUGAUCUGUAUCGACAACUCUGAAUGGAUGCGUAACGGUGAUUACUCUCCUUCUCGAUUUCAAGCCCAAUCCGACGCUGUAAGUCUCAUUUGCGGUGCUAAAACUCAGUCUAAUCCUGAAAAUACUGUUGGAGUUCUCACUAUGGCGGGGAAAGGCGUUCGGGUUUUGGCUACUCCUACCAGUGAUUUGGGUAAAAUCUUAGCUUGUAUGCAUGGUCUAGAUAUAGGCGGUGAGAUGAACCUAGCUGCUGGCAUUCAGGUGGCACAGUUGGCUCUUAAGCAUAGGCAGAAUAAGAAGCAGCAGCAAAGGAUUAUUGUCUUUACUGGAAGUCCUGUCAAGCACGAGAGGAAAAUGUUGGAGAUGAUUGGAAGAAAGUUGAAAAAGAAUAGUGUAGCACUUGACGUUGUUAACUUUGGUGAAGAUGACGAGGGGAAGACAGAGAAGCUUGAAGCACUACUUGCAGCGGUAAACAAUAAUGAUAGUAGCCACAUGGUUCAUGUUCCACCUGGUCCAAAUGCUCUUUCGGAUGUACUUAUAAGUACACCUAUUUUUACUGGUGAUGGAGAAGGUGGAAGUGGUUUUGCAGCUGCUGCUGCAGCAGCAUCUGCAGGUGGUGCAUCUGGAUAUGAUUUUGGUGUUGAUCCAAACUUGGACCCUGAAUUGGCUCUUGCUCUAAGAGUUUCAAUGGAAGAGGAGAGAGCUAGGCAGGAAGCAGCUGCGAAAAAGGCUGCAGAGGAUGCUUCCAAACAGGAGAAAGGUGGCGAACAGCAAGGUACUUCCCAGGAUGCAACUAUGACUGAGCAAACCAGUACUGCAGCUUCUGAAGUUGAGACUAAGACAAAUGACAUGAUGGACGAUGAGAAUGCUCUACUACAACAGGCCCUUGCAAUGUCGAUGGAUGAUCCUGCAGUUAGCCAUGAUGUAAGAGAUGCAGAUAUGUCUGAAGCAGCUACAGAUGACCCUGAGUUGGCUCGAGCUUUCCAAUUGUCAGUAUCAGACCCCCCCAACGACACAGUGGGUAGAUUAUUGGCGGACCAGUCCUUUGUUUCUUCUAUCCUUGCAUCGCUUCCUGGGGUUGACCCAAAUGAUCCAUCUGUCAAAGAUUUGCUGGCUUCCAUGCAAAAUCAGUCUGAGUCUCAGAAGAAGAAUGACGAGGGACCAAAUGAGGAGGAGAAGAAGUAAUCUGUCAUUUUGCAUUUUGUUUUUUUAUAUCUGUUCCUUUGACAGUCAUAUUGCUACUAGGUAAGGUGAUUCUAGUCGGGGCAUUACUUCACUGGCACUGCUGUUAUGAGUCUCCCUAGCUUAUUGGAACAGAUGUAUGUCUCUUGAUUAGGUUAUUAAAGCCCGUUGUCACGAGGGUAUUAAGCAAGGACAUACAUAUACAUUGUUUUAUGGUAAAGAAUAUUCCAUUGAAAUGUUGGUCAAUGUUAUUACAGUUAAUUUAAAAAUUGAACAUUUCCAACUGCUA